AUGUCGACCAUCGCGCACUCGCUGCGCGACUACCGCGAGCCGUCGCGCGUCGAGGCGACGAUGCACUCCUUCGGCCUGCCGGCGAGCGAGGCGCCGCUCGACGAGGUGCCCGCCGUGCUCUCCCUCUCCUCGGGCGCCAGCAGCAGCAGCAGUGCCGGCGCCGAGGCCGGCAGCAGCGCCGCGGCGGCGCAGGAGGAGGAGCAGGUGUAUGCCGGCCGCCUCACCCUCACCGCCUCCUUCCUCCUCUUCGCCAGCCUCGACCGCCGCUCGUGCCGCCUGACGCUGCCGCUCUACUGCGUGCGCCGCGUCGAGCGCCUCAAUGCCGGCCGCAGCGGUGUCUUUGCGCUGGCCGUCGUCGUGUGGCACGGCAUGAAGAUUAUCAUCCAGCUCAACGCGCUGCGGCCGCAGUGCGAGCAGUUCUGCGCGCUGCUGCGCGACGGCCUGCGCGCACAGCUCAGCAGCAUGAAGAAGCUCAAGGGCUUCACCGCCGGCUGCUACUCCGAGGUGCUGCUGGCCGAAGCCGCCGAGGCCGACGGCGAGAAGCCCGACGCGACGCCCACCGGCGAAGAGCCGCCGAAGCUCGAUGAGAAGGCGGCGGCGGCGGACGCGGCGCCACAGGACGAUGCGGCACGACCGGAAGGCGUCGAUGAGAAGGACAAGAAGGCGGCAGAGCUGGCGCGACAGGUGGCAGGCGUCAGCGAGGGCGAGGUCAAGCCGGAGGACGAGGUGCCGCCGGCGCCCGCAUACCACGCCGGCCUGGGCGCGCGCUUCAGAUAUCCCGGCGACCCGCGCAAGCUGCGCGAGAAGUCAAAGAUGAAGCUGUGGCGCGACUAUCUCAAAGUGCACGGCCGCAACCUCACCAUCGUGCGCUACCCGCAAUUCCUGCGGCUGGUGCAGGUUGGCCUGCCGAACCGCGUGCGCGGCGAGAUCUGGGAGCUCACGUCGGGCUCGAUCUACCAGCGCUUCGCCAAUGCCGGCGAGUAUGAGCGCAUCCUGAGGGAGAACGAGGGAAAGACGAGCACGUCGACGGAGGAGAUUGAAAAGGACCUCUAUCGCUCGCUGCCCGAGUUUGCGGCGUAUCAGAGCCCGAUCGGCAUCAAUGCUCUGCGGAGGGUGUUGACCGCCUACAGCUGGAAGAACCGGGAACUUGGCUACUGCCAAGGGCAGAACAUCCUGGUUGCUGCGUUCCUGAUCUACAUGUCAGAAGAGCAGUGCUUCUGGAUGCUCGACAUGCUCUGUGACCGCCUGCUGCCCGGCUACUACACCCAGUCGAUGUCCGGCACGAUUCUCGACCAAAAGGUCUUUGAGCACCUCGUGCAGCGCACGCUGCCCAUGAUCCACGACCACUUCCUGCAGACGGACAUCCAGCUCUCCGUCGCGUCCCUGCCGUGGUUUCUCUCGCUCUACAUCAACUCGAUGCCCAUGGUCUUUGCCUUUCGCAUCGUCGACUGCUUCAUGGCCAUGGGCCCCAAGGUGCUCUUCCAGAUCGGCCUUGCCAUUCUCAAGAUCAACGGCGAGGAGCUCCUCUCCGGCCGCGUCACGGACGACGGCGCCUUCAUCAACAUGCUCAAGCGCUACUUCCGCACGCUCGGCGACAGUGCACACCCCGACGCGACGAACCCGCGGCAUCGCCAGAUCACCAACUUCCAGGAGCUCCUCGUCGUGGCGUUCCGCGAGUUCGGCACCGUCACCGACGAGACGAUCGCGAGCGAGCGGCGCCGCUUCAGGCAGGAGAUCGUGCAGGAGAUCGAGCUGUUCGCCAAGCGUGGCGCCGUGCGCAACCUGCGCGACCUCGGCUCAUUCAGCAAAGAGCAGGCCGGCCUGAUCUACGACCAGGUGGUGGAGGCGAUCUACCGCACGCGCCACGCGCCUCGCGCCGGCGACGGGCCGGGCAACGCCGUUGCGCCGCCGCUGGCACCGACCGACGCCGACUACAAGGAGAUGCGCGUCGACCUGCCGACGUUCCGCUACUUUCUCGCCGAGGUGGCGACGUGGGCGCGCGACGAGUACGUCAUCUCCAAUGGCUUCCAGGAGCGCACGGAGCGCAAGGUGCCGGAGCACGACGUCGUCGCGCGCGUCUUCCGCUACUGGGACUCGGAGAAGCGCGGCACGCUCAGUCUGCAGGACAUCGUCUCGGGCCUCGAUGCCAUCAUGUCGGCACGCGGCGACGUGCUCGCCAGCAUCGAGUGGUUCUUCCGCCUGCACAGCGAGGGGCGCGACUCGCUGUCGAAGGACGAGGUGCUGCGGCUGAGCGAGUCGCUGCUGUUCCUCUUCCGCAACGAGCAGAGCGACGGCUACCUCGGCGCCGUGUCGCAGCUCAUCUCGCAGUCGUUCGAGCAUGGCGGCGAUGCCGCAGCCGAGGCGACAUCGUGAGAUGACACGACGGCCCGCCACUAGACCAGCCUGCUGCUUCCCUGACUGCACGCCACGCCGCCCCCUCAUACCUGGCAAUCGAGAGCGCAGUGAACAGACAGAGACGAUGGCAAUGGGCUCGUGAUCGUGAUGGACAGGACAGCAGGGUCGUAAGUGGCGAGGGACGUAAUGGGCGGCGCAGACGUCUCAGUACUGCGAGCGAGGCGUCAUCAGCGACAGACGGCAGCGAGACGGGUUCUGGGCGCUCUCACCUGCUGGCCGUAGCCGCCGUAGCCCUGCUGCUGCUGGCCAAAGCCGUUCUGGAAGCUCGAGCCCAUGACGCCGCCGGGUGCAAAGCCAGUCGGCUGCGGCCGCAGUGCGUCGUAGCGCUCUGCAGAGGGGGAAUGCACUGGUCAGUCGACGUCUGCAC